ACCCGUAUAUAACCUGUCAACCGCUAUUGCGGAGUCACAGUUGUUCAGUACGAGUAGUGGAGUGUUACACGUUGGAUAUAAGCCAACCAGUUGACAACCAAGGUAGAGAUGAAGUCGAUCACGUUGUUGUCGAUCGCCGUUGUGAUGAUGGCGUCGGCGUGCGGGAUCUCCGCUAGCGGCGGCUACGGUCUGGGACUCGGCGGAUACAACUACGCCCACGUCUACCAGCCGCGCGGCUACGUGAAGUCCUUCAACACGGGCUUCGACGAGCAGUUCGGCCAGAACAACAGGUACCUGAACCGCGACGCCGGCAGGGUCGCCCAGAACAACCAGGUGGUCAUCUCGAACGGACAAGGAAAGGACUACGGCAACCAGCUGUACAGCGUCGGAGAAGCGCAUCGCGAUCUCGCCUACAAUCAGAACGCCGGUAACAGGGUCGGCCGCAACUCACGUUACGGAUCGCGCGGUAAGGGACUCGGCAUCAACUACAGCCAUCUCGGACAACAGCCGCACUUCGACCGCGGACCCGCCCCCGUUCCGCGCACGUACACCGUCGCCCAGCCCAGCUACCAGCCAGCACAGCAAGGCUACCACCAUCAGCAGCAGCAGCCAGUGUACCAACAGCAGCAACGACCCGACGCCGCGUGGGGGCUGCUCGGCGGUCAGCAAGGUUACGGCGGACAGCAAGGUUACGGGGGAUCGCAGGGAGGGUACGGGGGAUCGCAGGGAGGGUACGGGGGAUCGCAGGGAGGGUACGGCGGUAGAGUAGGCAACGCCGGGUACGGACCGCAGGGCGCCGGUUUCCUGCACGGCAUCAAAGUAGGAAACUCGUACAACGGUGGCACCCUACAGGGCGUCUACCCUAGCGUCGGCGGUGGCUACUUGCCCGGCGGUGUUCUAGGUAACGGCGACGCGUACCAAGUAGAGCCAUAGACAACCUCUCCGAGCGAGGAAGCGCGCUUUUGUAUAGAUAUACCGCCAUAUCGUUAUGUUAAUUCGUUCGCGGCGUCGCCGCCGACACGUCUCGUGUGUAAGAUCAAUCGCGUCCACAUUCAGUUCAUUAUCAUUAAGUAUGUAUAUUAUAAUCUCGGCAUUAAAAACGUAACACGGCUAAAGUCAUUUAACGUGAAAUAAUAUACCCCCCACUCUACGAUUCGUGUUUUUGGCGAUAUAUAUAUAUAUAUAUAUGUAUGUAUAUAUAUAUGUCCAGUAUUUUGUCGAACAUUUACUACUGUUAGUAGGUCAUGUGAUCAUACGAUUUCAUUGUUUUAGGGCCUAGCUACUCAUUUGAUUAUUUCUCUAUUUUCACGAUCAUUUCUACACUUAUUACGAAUCAUCAUAAAUUUUCUAAAUAACUUUGAAAUGUUGUUUUUUGUUGCUGUGAUACGAACGUAUUGUUAUCUUAAUUUAACGUUGUUAAAUAUAAUCUCUUUUAAACUAAA